GAGAAAGAGUUCAGAGGAGAAGGAGGGAGUUUUAGAGCCGCCCGGCGAGCCGGACUCGUGCUCGCUGCAGGAGAGCGUGGCCGGCUGGGCUCCUGGGCUCCUCCGCGCUCUCCGGAGUCCGCUUUCAGCACCCCGAGUGGAGAACAGUUCCCAGCAGCCCGCUGCGCUGCCAGGGGCUGCCCGCCGCCGCCGGGUACCUGAGCCUUCUAGGGGGGCUCAGGGACACCCCCAGAACCCAGUGUGCACGCGCCUUCUCCCCUCUUUGGUGCGCGAGAAAACACGGGGGAAAAGCAUCCGGCGGCCUCAGGGAGCCCUGAAGAAGCCCAAGCAGAAUGUACCAGGGUCACAUGCAGAAAAGUAAAGAACAAGGAUAUGGAAAACUAAGCAGUGAUGAAGACUUCGAAAUAAUUGUUGAUCAAAAGCAGGGAAAAGGCUCUAGGGCGGCAGAUAAGGCUGUUGCCAUGGUGAUGAAGGAGAUACCGAGGGAGGAGUCUGCUGAAGAAAAGCCCCUCCUUACUAUGACAUCACAGCUGGUGAAUGAGCAACAAGAAAGCAGACCCCUCCUGAGUCCCUCCAUUGAUGACUUUCUAUGUGAGACCAAAUCGGAGGCAGUUGCAAGGCCAGUAACGUCCAAUACAGCCGUGUUGACCACUGGCUUAGAUCUCCUCGACCUGAGUGAACCAGUCUCUCAAACCCAAACCAAAGCCAAGAAGUCUGAGCCCUCAUCAAAAACCUCAUCCCUCAAGAAAAAGGCUGAUGGAUCUGACCUCAUUAGCACAGAUGCUGAGCAGAGAGGCCAGCCCCUCCGAGCCCCAGACACUUCAUCCUUAGAUUUAGACAUUCAAACACAAUUGGAAAAAUGGGAUGAUGUUAAGUUUCAUGGAGAUCGAAAUAGCAAGGGGCAUCCAAUGGCAGAGAGAAAGUCAUGUUCAUCUAGAACGGGAUCAAAAGAGCUCUUAUGGUCCUCUGAGCACAGAUCUCAACCAGAGCUGAGUGGUGGGAAAAGUGCCCUCAAUUCUGAGUCAGCUUCAGAGUUGGAAUUAGUGGCUCCAGCACAGGCUCGACUGACCAAAGAACAUCGCUGGGGAAGUGCAUUACUUUCUAGAAACCACUCCUUAGAAGAGGAAUUUGAAAGGGCAAAAGCAGCAGUGGAG